GGCCUGCUUCCGGUGCGGAUCCUGCUUCCGGUGAAGUUCCUGCUUCCGGCUCGAGGCCUACUUCCGGUGUCUUUUCACCGGAAGUGGAGAGUGGAGUCCUGCGAGGCCUCCAUAGGCGUCACGGCCUCUCCCAUGGAGGAGCCUGUGACCUUUGAUGACAUCGCCAUCUAUCUGAGCCGUGCAGAGUGGGACAUGUUUGCAGAGGAGCAGAGGGAGCUGUACCGCAGCGUCAUGCUGGACAACUAUGAGCUCUUGGCAUCACUGGGAUACCCAGGCUCCAAACCUGACAUUCUGCAUCGGCUGGAGCGUGGGGAAGAGCCCUGGGUCAACACCCCACAGAGCCCAGUGAAGUGGGAUGGACCUGACAGACCUCUCGGAUGCAAUGGGUACAAGAGAUGUCUGGCAGAGUCGUACUCUGGCAGUUGGCUGAAUGCUGACAAGAAGAAGGUACUGGAGGAGACACACCCCACCAGCCAUAGAAAACGAUGUGAGCCAUGGCGGCUGCGGUCCAGCAGACUGCUGAAGAAGUUUGGUUGUCUCAAGGGUAGGAACAAGUUGCGGUCAGAGGCGGCCAGCAGCCAGCCAGCACCAGAGGGAAGCCAAGAGAGGGCUCAGAUGGCCUGUUUGACCGGGAAUUUAGAAAUGGAGGAUGAAGAAGGGGCCAAGACAGAAUUAGCACGAGGCAUGGGAAAUAUGGCUUCUUGCAGGCGUCUGCGUGAUAACUGCACGCAGACCUUUCAGGAGACUGUACAAAAGCCACAUCGUGUUUUGGAGAAAGUAAGUGUUUUCCAGGCAAACAGGGAACGUGGGGAAUCUUCUACUGAGGAUCUGUACAGAACUGUUCUGGAAGACCACUGUUACUGUGUGAGUAAUGCGCUGCACUGCACUCUAUUUCCGCUUGCUCUGAGAGAUCAUGACUACUGCAGUAACAGUAAUAGUGGUGUCUCAGUGCUCAGAGACCACGAAUACUGCCAGGUACAAAGGUUUUCUUAUCAGGACAGAGUCCGUAAAGUUCUUUGCCGUACUUGCAGGGCUCGUGCCAAAGCUUAUAGGCUAGUUAAGCGAAAGUCCUAUGUAGAGCGUAUCAUCUGGAAAGCCAGGCGAAGUGUGCGACUUCUCAAGCCCACCUUCAAAAGCUUGUGGUUUCCUCAAGCUUUCUUCUGCACAAAAUGUCAUUGUGCAUCUCCCGUGCCAUUAUCUGUUGCUCUGGCAAGGGCAGCUAACUGCGCAAAGGAAACUUGUGGGGUGUUCUGUCCUCCUGCAGAGCAGAUGGCUGUGCCCCAUCAGUGUCAGAAGAAAGAAGAUUCCCAAGAGGUAGCUGUGCUCUCACAGCCUGAAAAGGACUCUCAGGAGCAGAUAUCAGAAGCCCCUGCAGCUCUUAUUGAAUUAACAGUUGUAUCUACACCUCCCAGUGAAGCUGAGGAGGUGCAUGGGGAAGCAGCACAACCCAAGGCACUUGUGCACCAAGGGAUGCAGGAGGCAGAGUCGAAGUCGAUCCAUGAACCUGAUACUCAGCAAAACACUGAAGGAUACAAAAGUGUUAAUCCAAGUUAUGUAUUGCUGCAUGAUGCUUAUGAAAUGGUUGUGUGGACUGUUGAUCACAUGCUGGAAUCUGUAUGCCAGGCAUUUGACCUUCGUGGCUAUAGUCGGUGUAAGGAAAUGCGGUCUGUGAUUACCCAGUCUGACAGCUGACCAUCAGAACAUGAGCAGCUACGCCUGUUCUGUCACAGUGAGCAGAACCCUGCAGCAAAACCCACUAAUGUGGCUUAGCAGGAGAAACUGAAAGAUGUGGUAAGGGAUCAGUGCAUAAAUGGAUACUACCACGUAAAUGGAUGCAAAACUUGGUUUGUAGUGCCUGCUGGGAAAAGGGUGAUCACCUGGGAGGCUUCAGGGAAAAGCCAGAGGAAGAGAACAUGCAGGACCAGUGCAAGUAAAAGAGGAAGAAGCCUGGGAAAACUUAGAAGAGGUGGAAGAAUAAAGGCAGCUGUGUGUUAGCAGGCUGCUGCCCUGCUGCACUUUCUGGCUAAGCUUUGUGCAAUCACUGUGGACGUUCUCUUUUUGAGAGAACCCCAUUGCCACCUGCUUGUGUGAGCACAUGCUCACGUGUAUGUCAGCAUGCGAGCUGUGCUCCGUUGCCUGGGCUGGACCUGGCAGAGAUCUCAGGGUGCUGCACUCAGCUUUGCAUUGGUACAGAAGCUUUGCAUUGGUACAGACAGCGUGUGCAGUGUCCUGGGUUCUCCCUCACAUAAUUUAAGUCUUUUGAACAUAGGGGAAUUUUUAAGAUGGAAUGAUAAUCUUGUUUUUUUAAAGAAACUGCCCAUCAAUUGUUGUGGAAGCAGGUGGGGAUGUGCUGUGCAGAGCCUCGCUGCAUUCCCACAUGAAAGCUAUUGGGAAAAAAUCAUGGCAGGGGGAGGUGAAGUUCCGAUAGUGAGAAGGCCAUGAAGAGCUGCUGGGGUUGCGCUGUGUCAAUGCAGCUGCAUCCAACAGUGUGGCACAGCCCAGCAGCUGAGAUGGCUCUUUGUUUCUCACCAUCCAACUGUAUUUUCAUUGUCAAUAAAUGAAUUUUCCCCACGUUGA